GCUCUGUAAUUGCCACCACCUUCCCCAUGUAUUCAGAAAAGGAUAUGAAUCCACGCAUUCAUACUUCUCUACAAUUAAACUCGAAAAAUUUCCCCUGGUGGCAUGACUGAACCAACUGUAGGGUCCGUGAAAUUCGAUAUCGACGUCAUUGAUGCCGGAGGCAACUAGGAAACGGGGAUGCGACGUAGGUUCUGGCCCACUUUACACACAUUUGCGCCGAAGCAGUGCUGACCACUGAUGAAGAGUUGCCGUGAAAGGCAUCUGAAAUGUGACAGAAAACAAACGUGUUCCAAUUGUGCCAAAAGGGGGCAAAUUUGCAGCCGCGUCUCGAAAACUCGAUUUCGACAUGCCCAGGACGAUUCUCUCCAAAAUGGGGAACUGGGCUUCUCGAAGAAUCAAAAAUGGUGUAAAAUCACACAGAGAAAAAUACGAUUUAUUGACGAGACAUAUGAUAUCACUACAUUGUACGAUGGAAGGAUAAGCCUUAUUGCAAAUCCAUCAUGGGAAGAAGGCGAAGAUUCUUCGGGUACCUUGAGAUCACCUUACCAAGAAUCUCCAAACAAAAGUCCCCAAGCCACGAAUUUGCGGCCAACAAUUGAUGGCGCUCGUCGUGUCCUAAAUUCGGAUACUACUCAGAGGUCACACUCGGCGAUUGACUCGGGGUUGAAUCUACCAUCUACAGUGCAUGAAAGCCGUUCGGUGUUGAACUCAGCAUAUUCUGUAGCUCAAGACAAUCCUACAGCUCCGCCUCUACUUGCCGAAGUGCAUUCCCUCCUGCACCAACAGACGCCUCUAUUGUACUGGUGCGAUAAGCGACUUACAGAACUUCUGCGUCAUUUUGUGGAAAACCUCGCACAGCUUUUCGAUUGUGGUGGUUUCCAAAGACGAUUUGCCACGAGCUUUCCGGAGCGAGCCGCUCAAUACCGUCCGCUACUCCAAGUAAUGUCAGCUAUUGGGGCUAUAAGCCUCAAGAUCAUGGGCAAGCCAUCGACAGCAAGUGAAAAACAGCUGUACUGGGAAAGCUAUCAACACCUCGGGCUCAACGAAUGUCAGCCGGUUAAUGAGAUAGGCGACGAUCAGUUCUUCACCACGAUCUUCCUGAACAUUUUUGACGACUUGGAUCGGUAUUUGGACUUCAGUAAUGCGCCAAGUACGAACAACCCACAAUCAAGAGAUCAGCGAGAGAUGCAGAUGGGUGAUAUCACUCUUGGCAACGACCUACGACAGGAUAUGAUAUGGGCGUCAUUGCGCCUCAGACUUUACUUCGCGGUGUUAAACCACGAGCCCGAUGCCGUUUCCUUGAACGUCAAUAAUACUACUGACGACCCAUUCAUCGUGAAACGUGAUGACCACUACUGGGCUCGACGAAUGAUCUUGCACCUGCAUAAUGUCGUUAAUUAUUGUUUUGGACCUGAGAAGAACAUUGCUGCUUACCAAGUCCUCGUGGAGUAUUCUCAGGAAUGGGUAGCCUCGAAGCCAGCGUCAUUCGACCCUAUCCUCAUUCCAGCCGAUGACAGUAGCAGCGAGUUCCCAGGCAUAUUCGUUUUAAAUGAUGCGGCUGCGCUUGGUUGGCAACUGUAUCACCUUUACCGGAUUUUGCUGGUUGCCCAUGAUCCCAGUAGGCCGCUGCUUGGUCUGGGUGGCGCCGUGGACAGACGGUCAGUUGAUAACUCGCUGAAGAACGACACUAUUGCGAUUUGUGGCAUUGCCAACUCAAUCGGACAGAUCGAUGCUGCCCACCUGCCGGCAUGCAUGGCAAUUUCGCUCACCGGGCACCUCUUUACUCCAGACAUGGAACAAAGAGCCCUAAUUGCCAUUCUAGUGAAGACAGAGAAGACUCUUGGCUGGCCGACUUCGUCAAUACAAUCGCAUUUGAAAAAUGCCUGGGAACUAUGAACACCGACGCCAACAAUCCAGUUGCCGGCCGACCAGGUAGCUGAUCGGAUGAAGCCAUGUAAACUAGUUCCCGUCGAGAAACAGCGAACUACUCUACGUAUAUUAAAUUCGCUGAAUCUUCGGGGCCGAGGUUAUCACAUCAGUGGCAUAUUUCAGGAGGCCUAUUCUAUUGCAUGACGCUGAAUAUAUA